ACCUCCUUGACCUGCCUUCUCCCUCUCAUCCACCCUCUUCACCCCCUUCCAUUCUCUCUCCCUAUAUCAACCCUCACCCACCCCUUUUUCUUAGAACCAUUCAAAUGACACCCUAUAUAGACCAUCCCAAUCUUUUCCCCUCCCGAAACCCUCGCCAAUCACCACCCUAUUUCCUCACACCCUCUAUCUCUCUCUAGAACCUUCAUUUCUCUCUCUAGAAAUGAUAGGUUUAGGAGUGGUUGUGGUGUACGGAAACAACGCAAUCGCUAAAAGCAAGAAGUCAUCAUUCUCCGUCAGUGGGCUCGCCCAAAUGUUCCGCAAGAAUGUGAUUAUGAACAUCGUCAAUGACCAACAAGCCUAGGUCGUGGAGGAGGCCAGCGCAUGUGCCAUCAUGGCCCUAAAGCUUGUUCCCACCGACAUUCGCGACCAAGGCGGCAUCGCCCUGAUGUCCGACCCGCAACUCAUCAAAGAAAUCAAGCAGGCUAUGACAAUCCCCACCAUGGCCAAGGCUUCCGAUCAAGGCAUUGAUCUCUUCGUUGGUGGCGAACUUAGCAACGCCAUUGAUUUGGAUUUGGAGGGUCUAGAUUUAGAUUUUGAGGGUUUGGAUUUGGAUUUGGAUUUUGAGGUUUAGGGUUUGGGCAAUGGCGGUGAUGAAGGCGAUAGGGUGGCGUAGUUUAGGUUGGGGUAGGUGAAGGUUGAUCUAGGGAGAGAGAAUGGAGGGGGUGAAAAGGGUGGUGGUGGAGAAGGAGGAGGUGGGUCAGGGAGGUGAAGACGGAGGAAUGGGAGAGAUCGAGGAAGAGAAAAGUUUUUUUAUUUUUAAUUGUUUAAUACCCACGUGGGCCCAUAUUGACAUGUGGCGCCCAGUCAUUGUCCAUGUGGGAGCCACAUCAUCAAUUAUGGAGGUUCUGAUGGAAAACUUAACAUAUGUAUGAAAUGUCCCAGAAUUAUGAGUUUAGGUACCAGACUGGGACUAGAAAAAAACUUCAUGUACCAAGAAACUUCAGAGUAGUAAACUGAGAUAGCAGAUGACGACGCGGUGACUCCCAUAGCAUGGCGAUUCGAUGUAUUUAAUUUUUACAAUAAUAUUUAUAUUUGUACGUAGCGAGCUCAUGACUUGCAGUUACCUAAGUUAAGGGCCACAUGCAAUUUGACUCUAUACC